UGUCAAGCUAUUUUCUCAUUGCAAUGUUCCGUUCUGGCGUAUAGUAUGUGUGAAACACCGAAGUUUGGCGUGUGCGUUCUAUUUUAUUUUAGACAAGACUUGACGGCUAUUUAAAAAAACUUCAUGGCUCUCUACUCGAUUUUGUUUUGCCAUAGCUCGGAAAUUUCGUAAACAACACUUACAAAACAACGCGAUAAUACAGUGAAUAUGAUUGAAAAUCUACAUUUGAGUAUGUGAAAAGCCGAGACAUCGGAUCAAGGUUGGAUAUAAUUUGAUCACCCUGGAUACGAGAUGGAUGACAAGAUGGAAACUGAUCAUAGCUAUAGUGGAGAGAGCAGUAGCUCUACUGAUACUUCCAGCGGGAGUUCUGAGGGCGAUGAAGAAGAGAUGGAGCCGGUACGGAUUCUAGGACAUAGUUUGGAGCUACCUCAGGAACUAUGCGAAGACUAUUCACUAUUCAAAGAGUUUUUUUCUACGAAAACUUGGGAAUCUUUAGAUGAAAAACACAAAGAACAUUUAAUGAAAUUUUUACCAAAAUUCACGGAAAAUCAAGAAGAGGAAACAACAAAAACUAUAGAAAUGCUUUUUCAUCAUGAACCUUUUCAUUUCCAAUCACCUUUCAGCACUUUCUAUAAUAAUUUAAGGCAGGGAAAUUACAGACCUGAUAUAGCCAAAAUGAAGAAAUUUCUUAAAAAAGCAAGGGCUAAACAGCAGAGGCAUAGGAUAAAAUCUUAUUAUGCCAAGUUAUUACCUGAAGUUUUGCUAUCACGAGAGAGGUUAUUAGCAGCAGUUAAAGCAGCUCCACCUGGCCCAGCACCUAGAAUUCCUUCAUUGCCGCCAAAAUCAUCAUCAAAAAAUAAUUUCAAACCAUUGUACUUGAGAGCCAAGCAAAGAUAUUUUGAAGAGCUUGCAGCUAUUAGAAGUGAAGUAGGGGGUGAUGAGUCUGAUGAUGAGAACUACCCUGAUGGACCUCCAGAACAGUUUGUAAAGAAAAAGAAAGGAAAUAAUGUUACAAAUGCUGAUGGGAAUAUUUCUGGUACUCUUGCUGGUUCUGAACAAACACUUCCAACGUCACUUGAAUGUUUGAAAAAUGUCCUAAUAGCACACAGAUCAAGAAGACAGUAUAGAGAAAACCAUCCAGAGUUAAACAUAAAUGGAAUAACAUUAGAGGAUAUAAAACAACGAGUGGCACUUGUAAAUGGUGCAAAAAAGCUAAUGUUUGGAGGACCAAAGAUUGCAUCUCCAAUCCAAAAAAUUAAAAAAGCUCCUAAAAAAGAUGCAGUAGUAAAAAAAAUGCUGGAGAAUAAAAUAUCAAAGAAAUGCAAAGAAGAAACUGAGAAUCCUGACAUCAAACCUUUGCUUCAAAACAUAAAAAUCAAAGUUGAAAAAGAAGGUAGUGACUCUGAAAGCUCAUUUUUAGAAAAUGUGAUGAGUCCUAAGCAAAUGAAGAAACACAUGGAACAAGUUGAAAUCAAACAGGAAAUAGGAGCAGAACCAAAUUAUGAUGAUCAGUUUGAUGCAUUAAUAAAGCAAGAACCACCAGAUUCCAUGCCCAUUACAAAUAUUUCUAAAAUUGAUCAACCAAUUCCCAUUAAACUUGAGGAUUUGGAUGGCAUAGAUAUGAUGGCCCUACCAAUAGAGUUAGCUGACGACACUGGAGAAGUUAUUAAAGCGAAGUGUAAAGAUAGGGACGAGCUUCUGGAUGUGGAUGAAUCUUUAACUGAAACAACUCACGCUAACUUCCUGUCGCUUGUUCGAGCUUUGUUUCCGGCGAGGGCGGCUCACCGGGCCUCGAAACAACAGCUACAUGCAAGAUGCGCUGCUGUUAUGCGCUCGCCCAUAGCGCCCCUUAACACUUGGUAUAACUCAUGCGACGAUUGGUGUGCAGAAUUAGAUUCGGCUUUGGACUUUUUGGCCGGGGAAAGGGGUCCCCAUCCUGAUGACUUUGUACCAUACUUGCAGUACAUGCCAGAAAAUCAGAUGUACCAGUGGAUUGGUGCCGGUCGGGAUUGUGAUGCAAUUCUCGGUCGCCUCUGUGAACGGUGGCUUCGAGCUGCUGACGAGCCUUCCUUUAUUGCUGAAGCACCGCCCCCAAGAUAUCCAACGUCGUGGAUGAUGCGAACACCGACUAGCUUUGAAGUAGCGGAAUUCAGAGCGCAGGAACGACGGAGAUUUUCAUCGGCAGGAAAACCAUUUACGUACAUUCAGCAUGGAUACCGGUCAGUGGUGGGUCCGUGUGCUCGGUCGUGGUGGAUGGGCGCGACGGGCGCGGCGUUGCUCCGCGCGGAACGCCCCCGCCCCGCCGCCUUCCCCGCACUCGUCCGCGACGCACUCGCCCGCCUCCCCAACGGCGAGGGCACCAGACAUCACGUCCUCAUCUUGCUCAAGAUGUCACAGUGGAUAGCACCUUGUAGUGAUCAAGCUCUGUUAAGUGCAGUUUCGGCAGCGUUAGACAAGUUAAAUUCUAUAAAAAGGGAUCCAAUCGUGAAGUACGACCAGCGCACUGCUACCUGGACAUAUUUGCAUAGGAAUAGAACGGAAGAAGACUGGUUGAAAUUGAGCGGUCGAGGUAAGAAGUUCGGUGCCACGUCCUUCCCCUCCCUGCCGGCGCCGCUCACCCCGCCCCCCGUCAGACUACAGACGCCGGCCAAGGAACGGCCUCUGUCUCCUCCGCGAGGGGUCGAAUUAGAAGUGGCGAACGUGGAGGAAGUAAUCGAAGCGUCUGACAGCGACGUGGACGUUGACGACACCAGCACGUCGGUGCCGCACCUCUCCUCGGCCCAGCUCCUCAUGCAGGCGACGCAACUCCACAAGCCGACACUCGCGCUCUCCAACAAACCCAAAGGGAAACUGAUCGCCGCAGCGUCUCCUAAAUCCAAACCUCAAAUAACGAAGCUUCCGUCCAAUAAGCAGACCAAUAAACAGGCCACCCUGAUGACGCAAUCCGUGAAACAAGCCAGCUUGAUGGCGGCGACCAUGAAGCAAGUAAUGACGCAAGCGAAAGUCGCACAAGUGAAGUCCCAACAGACUCCUAAAGUCAGCGUUAGUCCUCCGACGCCAAAACAAACUAACCCUCAGACGAAAACAGUCAUUAACUCGGUGGCCAAACAGAAUGCGACACAGGUCAAAACUGUUUGUCUGCCGAAAACAGAUUUGAAAUCUACGCCGAAACAGACGAAGGUCGCGCUCGUGAAGACCUCUGCCAGUCAAGCUGCGACCCCCGCAACCUCCUUAGGUCUGGCUUCCAGUCAGAUAUCGAAGUCCUUGCCCUCGCUUAUUGUGACGCCUCAGAAGUCACCACUCAUGAAGCAGAGACUGUUGCAGAGGACCGACACUUCACCGGCCAUUGUGACUAUGGCUAGCCAAAAAACGCCUCCAACGACUGUGACUUUGAUACAUCCCACCACUGAAACAACGGGCCCUCAAAGCGUAACAAAGGUUGGUCAAGGGACUCGUUCAUUGUUAAUAAAACCGUCGGCUGUACAAACUACUGUAACGGCGUCGACUACCAUACCUUCGACACAGGUGACACCUAUACAACGACGUGGCAUCGUAAGAGUGCUCAGUCCUGCAACACCUUCCUCGGGGAAGUCACUGAUAUCGCCAAGAGCUCUCAUGCAAACUGGCACUACAACUGCAAAGAAACGCACAAUUAUAUCCACAACCGCUUCUGUCACGACUGUUGCUCAGAGCGCAGAAAGCAAAAGCACAGUAUCGAGCAGUACUCCCACCGCUGUGACGUCAUCUGUGACUACUAGAACCAUCCAGCUGGCGGGCGGUCGCACCGUGCAGCUGGCCGCCAACCAGACCGUGCACCUGCCCGGCGGACAGGCCGUGCAGCUCAGCUCCGGGCACACCUUGCAGCUGUCGUCGCUGCAGCUGCCCAUGCACAGCGUCCGUCUGCCGAGCGGACAGACGGUCCAGCUGGCCUCGCCGCAGACGAUGCAGGCGGUCAGAGUAUCGAACGCUGCUGUGAAAACGUCCACUGUUCGAUCUCAGCAAUCCGCAUCCGUUGUCAAGAAUCUACAAACGUCGCAGUCUACUGUCCAGAUCCCGGUGUCUACCGUGCAACUGGCCGGCCAGACCGUCCAGAUCGCGGGACAGACGGUCCAGUUGGCCGGCCAGAGCGUGCAACUCACCGGACACACGGUCAAGCUGCCCAGCGGACAGAGUGUUCAAGUGGCCAGCCAGAGCGUGUUGCCGUCGCAGAGCGUCCAGCUGCCGAGCGGUCAGACCGUCCAGCUGACCGGUGGCAACGUUCAAACUUUACAACUGACCGGUUCCAACGUCCAGAACUCACAAAUUUCAAGCGGACAAAGCGUGCAGUUAAGUUCUCAAACAGUGCAGUUAGGCGGACAGACCGUGCAGCUGCCCGGCGGACAAACGUUACAGCUCUCCGCCGGCCAGACGGUGCAGCUAUCCAGCGGACAAACCCUGCAGUUGGCCAGUGGACAGACCGUGCAUUUAGCAAAUCAAGGAACAAAGUCUGUUGCACAAGUCAUCCGCAGCCAAGCGGCUACCGACAAAGCAACUUCCGCGCAACCGAUAGUGGCGAAAUUGCUCACCAACGCUCAGGGUCAAAUGGUGUCGGUGGAGGGUGGCGUCCGCGGCGGCGUGCGCGUGUUGGCGCCGGCCGCGCGCCUCGCCCGCCCGCUGCUGCUCACGGCCGCCAAACCGCUGCACAACAUCAUCUUGCAGCAAAGCGAUGGCACUCGCGUGCCCUCAAGCGGAGGCUCUUCGUCGCCGCAGACCUUGGUACUCAGCAACCUUGGAGCUCAAACAGUCUCAACGUCAACCACCACCGCGCCGGUGUUAAAAUUACAGCAGGCGGGAACGAACGCGACAGUAGCGACAUCUAGCGGCGUCCGCAGCGUCGUGAUGGACGGACAACAGCUGAAGCUGGUCGGCGGGCGGCACGUGCUCGCGCGGAUCCUACGGCCGGCGCAUCAGCCCCCGUAACCGGCUUCACAACCUCUGAAGUCAUGCUCUGAAGGUCGAAUAUUACGCUAUGUACAAAUUCAGCUUUUACCGAUACGUGUGAGUCUGUGUAGAAAGUUAUGUCUCACACAAACUGACUAAAGUUGAUGCGUUUGUGCGGCCCUUUGGCUCUGACGAUGAAUGAGUGCAUAAUAACAAAAAAAUCGGAUCAUUCUUAAAAUUUUACAUCUGUGAAUGUAUUGUGAUUGUUACAGUUUUAUUAAAAAAAAAUUGUUGCCCUUGUAGGCAGACGAGCAUACGGCCCAUCUGAUGGUGAGUGGUUACCGUCGCCCAUGGACUUCAGCAAUGCCAGGGGCAGAGCCAAGCCGCUGCCUACCUGAAUUGUCGACAAUUGGAUGUGCAGUGUUCGCCGCCACUUUGAGACAUUAGUGAUGCCGAUUUUUAUAAAGAUAAGAUUAAUUAAAAAAUUAUAAUACACCAAACAUAAAUUUCAUAACAAUGUACAGAUUACGUAACAAGAACUACUCUCGUACAAUUAAGAUGUCGUUUUGUGAGACUACGAAACGAUUUAUUUAUAUUUAUAUAAUAUAGUAUAGUUAUUCAAUCGAACAGUAUUUUAUAAAUUUGUUUGUAAACCGUACAAAUAAGUUUUCGAAUGUCGUUACAUUAAAUUGAAUAACUUAUUUAUCGUUCUUUAAUUAUAAUUUCACUUGAUUUAAUAUUUAGGUGUAUUAGGUUAGAUUUGUACAGAUUUACAACGGGCGUACCUGUGUGAAUGUUUACACACUGUUGAAAAGCAAUAACGUUUUUUAUAUAUUAUAUUAUAUUAUACACACUAUGUAAAUAUUUUCGAUAAGUUUUUACCGACCGUAGUGUAAUGAUAAAAACCGCUUUUAUUUACUGAUUACGGUUUAUUGUAUAUUAAUGAUAAAUAAAAAAGGUAUAGUAGCGUAAUUUUUACAAGUCUUAAAAGGUUUGACAUAGGCAAUGCUGAUAUGUUAAGAUCUGUAAAAUGUAUUCGUUUGAUUGUUAAUAAAUAUCUUCUUUUGUUUGUUUGUUAAAUGUGUACGGAUGUUAUUUUUCGUUUCGGUGUGUAAAUAAUGUUCUAUAAGUUCUGUUAGUUGGAUCCCACUAUAAUAUUUUCGAAUAUAAGUCAAUUGCUUAUG